AUGGCUGCUGGAAGCUCAGCACCCGAGUUGGCAACCGUCAUCAUUGGGGUAUUCUUCGCCAAGGACGACAUCGGCAUCAGCGGUGUGAUUGGAUCCGCCGUAUUCAACAUCAUGUUCGUGAUAUCCGUUUGCGCACUCUGUUCCGGCACGGUGCUUCAGCUGAACUGGUGGCCACUGGUGCGCGAUUGCGCGUUUUAUACCAUCUCCAUUCUCGUGAUGUUGAUCGUUAUCUUCAACGAUGUUAUCUCAUGGAUCGAAUCGCUGAUCAUGCUGCUCUUCUAUGUCGUGUACUGCGUCGCGCUGCACUUCAACACGCCGCUCGAGAAGUGGGCCCACACCUGGAACCUGCCUAUAAAGCUCCCCACAAAGGAGGAACAGUCGGCACUGGUCACCUACAAGAACCUACCCGAAACGACCUACACCCAGGGGCAGCAGCCAGGGCAGGAGCAGCCACAGCAACAGCAACCACCAGCCGAUCAACCGCCGGCAGUGGAUCAGGGCUACGCGGCAUACAUGGAUCCGAACGCUAGCUGGGAUCCAAACGCGGCCUGGGGCGAACCAACGCCCGCCGUGACGAACUCGUCCGUAGCAAAUGUGAACGAUGCGUGGAAUAAUGGCAGCGGUCAGCAGAACUACGCCUACGAAGAUCAAUACGGCCAGGAGACUCAGAAACCCCCGCAACAGCAGCAGGUCGUGCAGCAGACUGCUGCACCGGCGCCCGCACCCGGUGAAGAUUACUACAAACCGAAGGAACCACGGCCGCAGGAUUCGCACAAUCCGCUCGAGAAACCCGUCGACGGUGGCAUACUGGCACAGGUGUCGUGGGCGAUCGUGUACCCGAUCCAUUACACCGCGCGGCUAACGAUGCCGGACUGCAAAACGGAGAAGUAUAAAAAUUGGUACCCCUUCACCUUCCUCAUCUCGAUGAUCUGGAUCUCGUUCUACUCGUACUUCAUGGUCUGGAUGAUAACGAUCAUCGGUUCGACCCUCGGCAUCCCUGAUACCGUCAUGGGCCUAACGUUCGUGGCCGCGGGUGUAUCCGUCCCGGAUGCGCUUAGUUCCAUUGCGGUGAUCAAGGAGGGGUACGGCGACAUGGCCGUCUCCAACGCCGUUGGGUCGAACGUGUUCGAUAUACUUAUCUGCCUCGGACUGCCGUGGUUCAUCCAGACAGCGAUCAUCAAGCCCGGUUCGCACGUUAACGUCAUUUCGAAGGGGCUCACCUACUCGACGCUGUCGCUGCUCUCGACGGUACUGUUCCUGCUGUUCGCGACGCAUCUCAACGGCUGGAAGCUCGACAAACGCCUUGGCAUCGUGCUGAUGUUCUGGUACCUGCUCUUCAUCACCGUCGCUUCCCUGUACGAGCUGAACUUCUUCGGUCAGCUCAAUCCUCCCGAAUGUCCGAGUAUCUACUAAAGCGGGUACCAGUAGCAUCUCCCCACCACAUCGCAUAUAGUCCCCAAUUUAUCUUCCGCAUGUGUAUUUCUUCCGCAAAGCGCAGCAACGCAUCGCAACAUGUGAACCACGGCAGCAAACAAUGAUACCAUUUCCAAAACAAAAAACAUCCUUCAUCGACUUCGAUACACACCUUACUUCCAUUUACUUCGCUUAGUACGUGAGCGAUUUUACACACCCUUUUCUUUGAGUUUGUUAACGCUUCACACAUGUCAAUAGUGCGAGUCACAGCAACGUCGAGAAUGUUCGAUUUAGUUGUAGAGCAAACAAACACCAUGCAUUCUCAUUAGCUACUACACGCAGUUUAGCUUAGUAACAAGAGAUACCAUACUUAGUGACGUGUUAUGUUAACCGUUGUGUCAUGCUAGCAAUCUCAACAUCCCGAGAGCGUUAGCAUACAGAUUAGCUUUGCUUCCGUUGCUCACUGGCAUCGUUUACUAACCAUCAUCAUCAUCAGUAAUGUAGCUCGACAUUUUCGCACUAACAUUUAGGGUACAAGUUUCCCGUUUUCAUUCUGCAUUAACGCAAAACUGCGCAAACGAAACAAACGUUGUUCACUGAACCAAAAAAAAGAGACAGAGAAAAAACAGCAUCAUUCGAACACCGUUUAAGCACUAGGACCAAGCAUAAAAUGACAAGUAUUAACAAUUCGCUCGUACUUAUUAUCACAUAUGGAAGAUAUGUUUAUCGAACUGCGGCCGGCACCAUUGGUUGCAUUGUUUACGUUUGCGCAAUACCAAAUCCCAUCGAUCAGUGUUUCCCGUAAGACGAAAUCGUGCAUUCAAUCAGUUGCGCAUUGCACGCAUUUGCAUAACACUUAAACCAUUACGAAAAACCGGCACAGUGUUCGGCGGAUGAGCAACAAAAAAAGCCGCCAGAAGGUGUGUCGUGUUAGGUGUACAUACACUAAAUUCCCUCGCCAUUGAGAGAUGCGAUCAUAAUGUAAAGAAAGCCCAAAACACAGAACUAAUAAGCAAGCAAGGUAUGUAGCAUUAGCCAUGUUAAGCUCUGUAUAAAACACAGCAUCAUAGCAAUACGCGGAGUGCUAACACAGAAGAAAACCAAAAACAUCUAGCUAUGUCUAAUCUCAAUUAUGUGUGUCCUUGUUCCUUGUUUUUUUAGUAACUGUAGUCGUGUACCAUCAAUCUGCUGACGCGUACAGAUGCUUUCAUUGCGCGGCGCCUUCCUCAUCCUAUACAUUAUGCAAGGAACAUCACUAUUUAACGGUCCUAUUCUCCCUAUGAACGAAUAAGUAUUAGAGACAAUAUAUACAUACUACAUAUAUUUACUCAUAACAACACGGCAAGGGCUAGAGGAAGCACUAGGAGGUGCUAGAGAGAGAAAGAGAGUCAAAAAAGAAUACCAACAACAUGAAAAUAUCCUCCCCUCCCCCCCACACAUUUGCAUCCAACUGUUACUGUUCUUCGUUAGGCACAUUCGUGGCCAUCUUUUGGCCUAGUUUUAGUAUGUAACUUCCUGCGACAUAACCAUCGCGUGCUAGUAGAGUUCAACUAAACGUAACACCGCCGGUUGCAAACGGAACAGUGGAGGGCAAACAAGCUACGUGUGCGCGACGAUAAAGUUAUUUACAUAUAUUAAUUAAAAUAUUAUAGGAUAAACAAAAUGCUGUCGCAGAAACGAACCGGUGUAAUGGUAACUCCUGAUCUAUCCUUCGCCUACUUCCAGGAUAUAUAUAUAUAUACAGGAUAUAUAUUUAUUACGCGUCAGCCAUGAGCUCUGUUACUAUUGUAUUGUGGUCGUGAUUUUAUUCUUUCGUUCAUUCAUUUACUAACUGAUUAAUGUUCACAAUCACUGUAAUCAAAUUAGACGAGAUCUAUUACGCGCGUGGGACGCUUUAUUGAACCGUGGACAAGCUAGAGACUCCAAAAUGUUUUGCGCCUGAUUAGCAACAAUUCGGAAGAAGUAAAAACAUUCGAAUCGUAAUACAAAUUACGUCCAGUAUUUAAGCACAGCGCACUGAAGCCUGUUCACUGAGUAUUAUUUAUUUACUGUUGCAGAGUGUACUACAAAACACUACAAAAUACACCAAUUCGCGUUGAUUUUACGAGCGUGUUUAAGUAAGCGAUUACAUUUUAAAUGUUGCACAUUGUUCAAACCAAGUGCGCAGAUUCGAAGCAUAAUUUUAUCGGGGUUUGAAUUGCUUACCACUGACUUCACUCUGUGAAACUUGGUGUAAUAUAAAUCCACACUUCUAGCUUCGUGCGUUCCUCUAUCAAAGGAAUACGCACGUAUAAGUGCAUUUGCGUGUAGUUGCAGCGAUUCGAUAAUAAAAGUCAGAAAUUUCGUUUCGAUUCGCGACAGACCAUAGAUUCACCACCGAAGGGAUUAGGACUAACAAAAAGGACACGUGUGUAACUCACCACAAACAAACCACAGACCCCAGUGGUGAAAAACACCAACAGCACACACAAACACACACACACACUCACAGGAGAAUAGCCGUUAGCUCCGCCUCUAGUUUUAAACCUUCCGUUUCCGUUCUAUGCACACAUCCUUUUUCCGCUUAUGUAGUGGUUUUGUAUCUUUUUCGUACACAAAUUCGCAUAUCGAAUCCAACGUAGAUGCAAUCGCACCGAUGCACUUCCAUGCGCAAGCAAUUGUAGUUGAGCACGCACGGGCGGCGUAGGUCGUGGUACCGUGUCAUUGGUACUUGGUUCCAUUUUGCGAUCCCAUUUGGCCCGUGUACCAACAGCGAUCGGUAGUUAGUCUACGUUCGGGACCGGACGCAUUCUUCACCGAAGGCGCCACGAUCAUCAACAGUACCCGUCGAGAAGUGUGCUCCUUGGCUGGCUUUUGGCAAAGUGUGUCGUAUUGAAUGAAGUUCUGCACCAAAGCGCGUGCCGAUGAUCCGCGCUGGACGCAGAAGCAGAAAGAGAACCAACGAGCUCAUGAUCCUGAAGGUGGCCUAACCGCCCGGAAGGGGAUCGCGGACACGAUAUUUGCUACCCCUAUCGGUUUACGCCGUUCACAAGGUAAUCAUUUACCUUUCGUAGUGUUUAGCACCAGCACCAUAUGGAGCACCGUAGUAGAGUUUUGAACGACAAUGUUCACAAUUAACAGACUAAUGAGGAAGGGAUAGCCAAUGGGACGGAAACCAGAUACGCGUACCGACCCGGCACGCAUAGUUAGAACGUAGCAGGACCGUAAUCGCAAUACGAAAACCACAUUCUACACGAAUAUCAAGUGUAUAUGUUUCAGAUCAUGAAGGUCGUCAUCAGAACCAAACCGCCUCGCUGCUGGAUGGCACAUGGGCUAUUCAAACCUCAUGCUAAACCGUUUGCCACACCGUUUAGGCGAUACAGCGCAGUCUGAUAGUCACAAGGAAGCGCCAACCUUGGGAGAGACAGCGUGGCAGCUCAACGUUCUUUUUGAACAUCGCAACAUGGUACACACUUUGGACCCAUUUCCACCAGCGUGGGCAUAGAUUUGGGUGGCACCCGUUCGAAACAACGAAUCUCUUAAGUCAAUUUAAUGGUCUACCAAAAUCAUUGGAGGGUGGAUACAGAAAACCAUGUUAGUGUAGGCAGGCAAAACAUGGCGAACAAACAAGGAAUCAUCCGUAGUUCCAAAAUGUGAGCAGUCUCCGAAUGAUGCCACAAACGUAGGAGCUGAAUUCGUACACAUCAUGCCAGAUAUUUUACGGUCUAAUGUUUCGUUGCGGGUUUGCAGUUAAUUUAUUUUGACUUGAUUUAGUUAACGUAAUUCUUCCCCUUUCAGCUACAACAAUCUUCCAACUAAGUUCCCGUGGGUAAGGUAAUUCAUACGAGGUUACGUGUACGCUAGACAGCUAACAGUUUUUUAUCUAGAGGCAGCUAGCUGGAAAUGUCAAUCAAUCAUUCAACUUAUAGUUUAGAUGUAAAAGUUGAAGAAGCUAGAUAAGUAAAGUAAACCUUAGUAAACAGGAAGGCAUGCAAGACUACUCUAGAACAAAUGAUCGAAUGCACAAUAAGCAACUAAUAUCCCUGCGUUGACUUUCGCUCUUAGUGAAAAACGAAACAAUAACAAACUCCUUACCCCGAUGUCUACCGUCUAUAUAUUAGCCACGCUCAUCCGUAAUACUUCUCCGAAUAUUCGAUGGUGGGAAGCUAUCUGUUACAUCAUUUCACACAGAUCUUGCUGGCAAUACUAAUGUUGGCACUGUGGCAUAGGCAAGAGCAACCACAAUAGCUGAAGGACACAAGAAAAAGGUACAAUUACAACCACGUGUAUCGAAUGAAGUAAGUGAACGCAACGUGGCCAAUCGGGAUCUUUGUGGAAAUGCAUUAUCAACAACUACAUCUAAGCACGUAACUAAGAGGAUUUCUGUAAAAUCAUCUAUGUUAUUGCAAAUCCCUUUUCACUCCAAUGCUAACACCAUCGUUGAAUUAUUGAUGUGAACAACAGCAACAACAGCUAGAACCAUGUACGAACCAGCAUUCACGAAUACAAACAGAACAAAACAGUGUUUGUCCAUGGAUUCGAUGAUACAGAAGUAUAGGGAAGGACAAAAAAUAUAAAACUAUAAAACCAAAACAAAUCUAAAACCAAAACAAACUGCUCAUGCUAUGAGAUGUUAAUUGUUGAAAAAGUUAAAUAAAAAUGUACUGAUAA